AUGGGCGUCUCGCAAAGCAAACCCGAGACACGGGCACGCGACACGCCUUCGCUACACGCUCUACCCACCGAGACGCUGAAUCAGAUUGCUCUUCAUCUCCGCUCCGCAGCAGAUGUUGUGAGCCUCCAUCAAGCACUCUGGCUGGCCAAUGAUCCAGCAGGGCCAUCAGGCAGGCUCUUCUGGGCUGACAUCCUUCGCAACUUGGUCGAAGGACUUGGGCGUAAUGCUGCCCUUGCCGCUGCUCACGGAAAAUUGUUGCACAAGGAGCACCGAGACUUCGACAUUGCGGCCCGGAAGUUGAUGGUGACGCACAUCAUGCGCACUAAACGCAAGGAGCUCGGUGGUCAACAGGGAUGUAUGGACUGCUUGGGUCCAUUGGAGCAUGGUCAGAUAGCCAAGGACUUCCAAAACGGGGUUCAGCUUUGCAGCAGAUGCCACGUUGGUCUGCUUCGAUUUGCAAGAUUCUUCGAGAACGCCACUACGGUGUGCAUAUGGCCUUGGCUGGUAGGCAUUCAUGGUCGGCCGCCUGCCGCUUCGCCGCUUGGUUGCAUCUUGCCCUCGACUAGGAGCUACGGCAACAGCAAGAUAUACUCCAUCACUGGUGAAGAGGCGUCCUUGAUCACAACUACAUACCAAGGUUCGCAUCUCGACUGGCAGGCAGUUCUUCCCCAUCCAUUCAGUGGUGUGGGGACUCAGAUUACGAACAGGAGUCCAGAGCAGAAGAAGAUGGCAGCUUUCCGGUUUGAGACUGUUUUGCGUACCGCGAACCUCAUCUUACACUGGCCAUACGAGGCACCAAGGCCAGGAGAAGUAUGCGACUGGUCGUCUGCAACCAUGUUUGAUUUAGACAUGGUGCUGAUCUCGAGCGUGGGUGUCGAUGUGCAAGCUGCCUGCCAGCCCAUGCGGAGCACCGAAUUCAGACGUGACCUGUUCCUGGCCAUUGGAACAUUGUACGACCACGACGCCGAAUCUCUCAAGCUGGGAAACUACGGUCAAGAUCAGGCAGACUACAAGAAUCUCCUCAUCAGACAGUGGGGCAUCUGGGCUACACGAAGAUUCUUUUACGCAAAGCUUGCAUCGAAUCAAUCGUUCUCAAACCACAUCGUCCUUCACGAAACGGAUCUCAUGGUCAGGGCAAGUUUUGAGCGUUGGAACAUGGAACUCAAUGUCAACAUUUCAGACAAGCUGUGCCAGCGCAUCUACGGUUACAACCAGGCCGUCGUGAGCCUGCCGGCAGAGCCCGGAGUCCGCAAUAUGCAGUUGGGGAAGUACCUCUUUAUACUACCUGCAGUUGAGACAGCAAUGCUGUCCUACGACAUUCGCGCUAUCCACGCUCUGAACUACUUGCUCCUGAUACUAGAGAGAGAUCCAGUAAACGGUAACUUUCGCCGGAACGAGUUUAGUUCGUUUUUUCUCCCCAGCAUAAGACAUCGGCCGAAACUGCUUAUUCGAGCCGUGACAGAUUCGCUCUCUACGAUGAUUGAUGAGCUGGACAAGCCGCUGCAUCUUGCUCCUGGACCCGAUAAGCGCCAAGCACAGCUCGAGGAUCUAAGCGCUCGAAUGUGGAACUCUGAUUUCCUCAAAGCAGAACUGGAAGGGCUCAAGAAAUGGGCUCUCAGCAAGUAUGUGUGGAUCGUUCUGGAUGUUGAUCCUUCCACUGCUCCUCCACCAAUUCUCGACUGGAUUGAGCAGUCCACAGCCGUGCAGGUUGCAUAUGUGAGGCGGGAUGAUGUACCUCAUUGGGCUGCGGGUUGGAGUAUGAAGCUCUUUGCCUAUGAGGUCAAGCCAUAUGUUUUGUGA